UCUGUUAAGGUUAAUGUGAUGUGAAUGUUGUGCUGACACGAGAAUGAUGUUCUACUGAUCCACACUGAGGGUCUUCAUGGUAAAGUCAGUUUUCUUUUGUGAUUUAAUGCAGUCACGAUUUUGUUUUAAUUUGAUUCAGUUGUUGUUUUAUUAUUAGAUUUCAUCACUGGGGGGGGGUCCCAUUGUUCUGUUCGGAGAAAGGGCAGAGUGGACUGAGUGGUGCUGAGGUGUGAACAGCUGCAGCUGGGAGGAGACGCCUGGAAUGGAGAGGUGUGAAGAGGGAGCUGUGUGGUUGGAGAAUGGGGGCUGGACAGAAUCAAAUCUGUUAAAGAACAGAAUUAAUUCAUUGUUGUUUUAUUAUAUGAUUUCCUCACUAAGAAUAAAAAAGUUUAAUGAGUCAGAAAAUAUCAAAUCUAUGAUCAGUAGCUGAUGCUCCAACACUUUCUAAACCCCCAGAAUGUUGGUUCUGGUUCAAAUAUUAAAAUCCAAGAUGCUGUAAUCAGAGGUUUUGGAUCUGCUUGUUUGACUCUUUCCAUCAGUUUGACGCCAUUAAAUGUUUUCUCAGUAUAAAAUUUUUUUUUUUGACAAUAGAACAUGUUCUGUAUGCUUCUAAAAUAUAUACUACUUUUAUUAAAAGACUAUCUUUUUUUUUACUUUAAUUUUUACUUUUUGUCUGAUUAAUUGACUGCAGUUUGUCAGAUAUCAGCUGUGAUUCUCUGGCCUCAGCUCUGAAGUCCAACCCGUCACAUCUAAUUGAACUGGACCUGAGCAGGAACAACCUGCAGGAUUCAGGAGUGAAGCAUCUGUGUGAUUUUCGUCACUGUCCACUGGAGACUCUGAGGUCAGACUCCAUGUUUUAGUUCUGUUUGAGUCUCUGAACACAGACACAGAGAAGCUGGAGCUGCAGCAGCAGACAAGAUGUUGAAUUUUGUGUUCAUCAGAGUUUAGACAGGAACAAGGGGACCUGUUUGCCUUUUCUUGGGGCUGAGUUAAUGAAGAUUGUAUCAUAGGGAAACAACGUUAAACAUAAGGGUUCACCACUGUCCAGACGCAUACAGUAUGUGGAUGCUUCACACAUGAUGGAGCAGGAGCAGCAGAACCAAACUGUUGCUGCACAAACUUUCUCUUUCUAAUAACUACACUGUCUGAGAAGAUGAAUCACAUCCAGGUGAAUGACGGCAUCAGUGCUGUCAAUGAUGCCGUCGACUGGAGACUCUGAGGUUUAGGGGUUCAGUCUUCUCAGCAGGUGGAGGCGACUCUGGCCCUUCUUGUACAGAGCGUCCGUGCUGUUAGACCAGUCCGACCAUAUCUCCCGCAGCACAAGGCCAGCAAUUGGUGGGGGCCAGAAAAGAGACCACCCAGGCAACGGGGUCUGCAGAGCCCGGUUCCAGACUAGCUCUGCUACCCAUCCCACCACCCCCCCACAAGCCCCCAGCCAGGAAGAGAUAGACGAGACCCAGGGACCGUAGUCCUACUGCCCAGGCACCACACGCAGCACAGCCAGAGCCAUCCUCACCCUUCUUUCACACUUACCCAUUCUCUUUCAGUCUUGUCUCAAGCAUGCUCAUGCUCGCCCCGUGUAGUGCUACACUCAAACCAACACACAUACUCUGUGGCUGUGCAUCGUCAGUACAAUUAACAUAUAUUUAUUAUGUAAAAUUUGUGUAUUCUCUCUAAAACAGUGUCCAACUUUAACAACUGUUUCUGGGAACACUAAAACCAUCAGAACAACUUUUAAACAGCUGGGUUUCCACAGCUUUAAAAGGACAAGAUCCUAAGAUCCUAAAUGGUCACACAUGUCUUUGUAUCCUAACGGAAUCAUCUAAACUGAAAUACUGAAUUACUUAUUAAGUAUCUCAGGAUGUCAUUAACACUUCAGGACAACAAGAUGGAGGCCAGUGUCUGUGGCCUGCAUAUUGUCUCUGCAGUGAUAGUGUUUAUGGUGGUGGUGUUGAUUUUUACAGCUAAAGUAAAGUCUCCAGUGAUGUAUGAUCACCAAACACUCCUAAGUCUCAGACUAGCUUUUGACAGCGUGGCUCAGUCCGAACAGGUUGGACAAAGAUCUUUUGUCACGGGUCUCUAAGUAAGCAUGUGGGAACUCGGUUGAUGUCAGAGUGUAAUCUAUACUUUUGGAAAUAUGAGUUUCUUGUAGUAAAGCAAUGUCUGUUUGUAGGGUUUCCAACUGGUUAAAUAUUUAAAAUCUUUUCUCUUUCUUAUUGAUUCCACGUACAUUCUAAGUAACAAUCCUCAGUGGUUUCAUAACUUACAUGACUGCUGUGGAUCACUAGUCUUGUGUGUAUGUAGUGUGAUAAAUGUUAGAGUAAAUAUGAUUUACUGACUGAUUUAUGAUUUUGCUAUUAUGUUACGUCACUCACAGGGUGGAUUUAUCUUUUCUUACUUAUUGUCAUUAUGAAGGACAUAUGUGUUCAAUGUUUUAAUACUGUCAGAAACAGGAAGAUGUUAUACUUUGCUGGAGCUGCACCCUGCACACAGAAACAAGAAGUGGUUUGGGCCUACUGACUUAUCUUGAGUAAGCUGGAAAGCCUAGAAAAAGGUUAGCAGUCUUGGGGUUGUACAGUUCAUGAUGAUAUAUGCCUAUACUUAUGCUUAUGCAAAUCAAUCAAGUGUUUUAUCCUUAUAUGGAAUUUUCUUGUUCUCAGUAUGAUCUUCAUGUUUUAUUUGUAACCAUACCAUACGCCCAUAUGUGCAAUUUCAAGGCGUGUCCCUUUUUUCUAAUAAAAAGCUUGCACCAAGGAGAGCUCACCGGAGUCCGAGUUGGCAGAUCCUGAGUGAAGCGCUUACAGACCUCAGGCGGGCUCCCCUUGCAACCAGAGAUCAACGGUCCACGUCGCAGGAGCAGGGUGAAGGAACACUGAAGUCUGCAUGCAGCCGGAAGUCUGGGACGUUCAUCAGAAAAUCCUGGGACGUGAAUUCGUCACUAGGUCAUUGAAAUAGGUCCCGAUCUUCCCCUCGUUGAUGACGAGUUCCCAAAGGCGAACAACACAGCAACAAUAACGUGUAAGGAUGGCUUCACUGAAAACAUGGUGUCUCCUGCCCCUCAGCGUCCUCAUCCUCCAGUUCAUUACUCCCACAGAAACAGAAGUUGUGGCGACUGUUUCAAAGUGUAAUGAUUUUUUUUUUGAAAAUGUACCACCACAGAUCAAAAGCAUCAUGCCAAAUGGCAAAAUCAUGAAUCGGGUCAGAUUCAAAGUCAUUUGUCAGACUUAUGAGAAUGAAAAAAGGUUUGUGACAGUUUAUGACAUCACCAACAAGAUCCCAGUGUUUUCUGCUUACAAGUACAAAGGACCAAAGGAAGGAGCAAAGGAAGGAAGACCAAAGGGAGAAUGGAAGAUCGAGCCACAGCUUGAACACUCAAAAAAAGGCCCCAAUAUGGAGGAUAGUGAGAAGGACGAAUACACCAACCAAGCCAGUGACAAGGAUUAUAAGAAAUACAAGAAUUUUAACAGAGGCCACUUAUUUCCAUCUUCUUAUGCCUCUGAUGAAAAUGACAAAGAGUCAACAUUCACUCUGACAAACAUCGUUCCACAGUCAAUCACUUUCAACAGCGGCAGUUGGGGAGAAAUGGAGAAAUGUGUUAAGAAAAAAAUCCUAGACAAGUCCUGCUUAAACAAAGAAGCUUUUGUUGUCACUGGAGCGAUCCCUAGCAAUAAUAAAACAGGCAAAAUUAAUAUACCAUCAGUGCUUUGGUCAGCUUUCUGUUGUUACAGUGCAAAACAUAAGAGUUUUGUAGCAGGUGCACACUGGGGAGACAACAUUGCAGAAGACCCCAGACAAAGUAAGCGGCUCGAGACAAAAACAUUGGAAGCACUCGAAAAACAAUUUCAUAUUGACGUGUUUCCUGGAAAAGAGUGUCCUCGUAAAGAAACCGUAAUCACCUGUGGAGGCCCUGCCCCAACUACAACCACACCCACCUCUCUCUCCACGAAGAACCAAGAAAAUUUCACAGAUUUUCUAUAUGAAAAUAAAAAGUUUCAAAAUUUAUGCAAAAAGCUUUUUAAUAAAAGCUUAAAACUUAAAGGAAGACAAUCAAAGGAAAUAUUUAACCUGUGUUUGAAAAUAAACAAAAAUCCAUUAAGAUCAGAAAAGAUAACUGAAGAACUGAAACAGUCUGUGCUUAACCUCCUCAACGAGAAUGAUUAAUAACUUUUAAAUCCCAAGUAAAUAUUCAACAUCAUUCAUUCAUUCAACUUCAUUCAUAUGUUAGAGUAUAUGUAUACUGUAUGCUUAUACACUAAAAUAUGAAUGAAGUUUUGUGGCCCCAGUACAUCUGGGCAUAUUGGUGGAGAGGAGGAAAUGGUCAGUCUCAAGCAGGAAUUCUACAAACAUUUAAUUUAAUAUCUAAGAUUAAUAAACGUGUACUGCAAAUGUUUGUUUUAAUCUGAAAUAAAAGAGUUUUCUUUUGUACAUCCUCAAAAAAGUUGGGUAGUAAAUUUAAAUAAAGAAAGAACACAAAUAAUAAGUGCGGUAGCAUUUUUGUUCACUAUUCUGUUUCAUCUCUUCUUCAAUUAUAAUGGGUAAUGGAGAAGGUGAAUUGGCUUAGUACUCACUUAACUGUGGUAGAAACUAUAUUAAAAAAGCCUUUUAACAUAUUGUACCACCGGAUUUUAACGAAUUUGCUCAUAUAUAGCAUGACUGGUUGAACUAAGUUCAUAUGGUUACAUGUGAAUGGGAACUG